AUGGAGGCCCCAGCACACACCCUCCUGCGACGCGCGGCACGGAGCUGCGUCUCCAGCACAAGACGCACCCUCAGGCAGCAAAUACGCUCGAAAGCUACCGCGUCACGCACAAGGCGCUCUCUAAAUAUCUCGCCACACCCUUCCUUCCUCGCCCCCGACUCGAGCCAGCAAUCAGACCACAUCAUCUUCAACCCGCCCGCGAGCGCCCCGUCCGUAUACCACACACCCUUCAAGUUCCUGCCCAAGAACGACCCUCGGAGGCGCGCGAACCUGGCCAAGAUAUUCGAGUCACACUUUGCGCCGACCACCACAGCGGGCGGCGCUGGGGCGGUACAGGCCACAGACCUGCCGACGCUGCCGACGGGCAACCACAAGUACGACCCGGCCUUCCACGCCCGGGGCCCCAUCACCAAGGCCGAGGUCGACGAGAUGCGGCGGCUGCGUGAGGAGGACCCGCACAAGUGGAACGUCCGGGCGCUGUCGGACAAGUACGCGAUCCCGCACAUCUUCGUCAUGAUGUGCUGCCAGGCGCCCAAGGAGAAGCUCGAGUUCGAGCGGACGAAGAUGGAGCUCAUCCGCCAGCGGUGGGGGCCCAUACGUGCCAAGGCAAAGGAGGAUCGCCAUCGGAGGACGCAAAUGCUUUACCGGGGGGAGAUAUAG